AUGGAUACCCCACAAGCUCAAAAUUUACCACGAAUCAUAACAAGGGAGGAAAUGAUAAAAAUGAUGCAAGAACUAAUUAAAAACAACAAACCACGAAAACCGAGAAGAUGCGGUUAUGCAGUAAUGAUGGAAAGAAGAACCCAGAAGGGUUCGGCGUCUCGAAGAGACGUUGUCGAAGAGGAAUAA